AUGGACCUCACCGCCACGCAGUACAUCCUGUGGCGCUUCGAGGGCAACGAGGACCGCGAGGCCAUGGAGAUGAGGGCCGACGACGUCGAGACGGCGGACCCCAGGCCCCACAGGCUCCACGGGUCGCACCUGGUGGCGUGCGCGCCGGACCAGGAGGAGGACGCGGUGCGCCCCGACGUGGUACUGGACAGGCGCCAGCGCGGCCGCCUCGGAUACGAGUACGAGGUGCGGCUCCAGGGGCACCAGGACACCGUGUGGGUGCCGCGGGCGCAGAUGGCCGCCAUGGGCUGCCUGGGCAUGGCGGCGCGCGAGGACGAGCGGCAGGCGGCGCAGCGCUCCCUCGAGGGGCGCCCGCUCACCACGCCCGGCGUGGAGGCGCACCUGGCGGGCUUCGGCCUCGGGGCGGAGGAGGCCUCGCACCGGCGCCUCGGGGCUCUCUCGCACGGCCAGCGCGCGCGCGCGGUGCUCGCCGCGGCGACGUGGCUCGCCCCGCACCUCCUCGUCCUGGACGAGCCCACGAACUACCUGGACGGGCCCGCCCUGAAGGCCCAGGGGCGGCGCGUGCAACCGGGGCGCUCCAGCAAGGGGCCUCGGCACCCCUCGAGGGGCUGCUUUUUUUCUUGUUGUUUCUCGGCGAGUGCCAUCGAGCGGCAUCCUGGACUCUCUCGUGGUGGGCCUGCUUCCCACUACCACCACCACAAGGAGGAGGAGGAGGAGGAGGAGGAGGAGGAGAAGGAGGAGAAGGAGGAGAAGGAGGGAGGAGGAGGAGGAGGGAGGAGGGAGGAGGAGGAGGAGGAGGAGGAGGACCCUCUCCCCCUCCUAACUACAUAUGGUGGUGGUGGUGGUGGUGGUGGUGGUGGUGGAAAACAGGCCCACCAUCUUGCGCAGGGACACACGCACGAGACCAAGACCAAUAGACGCACGGGGAAGGGGCGUCCGAGCGAGGGCAGGGGACCAUUGGUGGGGUUCGGGAGAGGCUGUGGCUGUUUCCCCUCCCGUUCCUUCGGCAUGCUCUCCUGGCAUGUUUUCUGGGAAAGGCGGGAGAUCAACUGUCGGAGCUCCUCGCGGGUCUCUUGGAUCGGCGCUCGGCACCCCCGGCGGCGCCUCGGCGCCGCCGCUGGCGCGCGCUCCGCGCGCAAGGGAGGGCGCCGACGGAAGGAAUCCUUCGGCUCCGCCUCUGGCGCGCUCCGCGCGCAAGGGAGUGGGGCCAGCGCCGAUCCGAGAAAUCUGCGCGGACCUCUCAAACAAAGCAGAUAA